AGACGUGGCAACACGACGUCAUCACAACUUGACGGUGGAUGACUCCAUGGGUGAGCAGAGCUAGCUGUUCUCAAUCUGUGGUGCGACACUUUACUGCAGAAAUAUUCUGAGCUGAAGUUCGGGCUUCGUCUGAGAAGAUGAUGGAAGAAAGUGGAAUUGAGACGACGCCUCCCGUCAGCCCUACACCUCUGACACAAGCUUCUGCAGCCAGCAGCCCACCAGUCAGUGCCGGUCUGUCGAGUCCUCCGCCCCUGUCAGGCAGCAGCUCCAUCACCGUUGCUUCCUCAGUACCCACCCCUGCCCCCUCCAUUCCUCCCUUCAGCAGCCCUCUGACCACAAUAUCUACCUUUCCCUCCCAGUUGCCCCCUGCUUCCACAUUUGCCCCACCUUUUACCAGCAGUGCCCCUCUCCCUUUUGCUGCUUUUCACUCACUGCCACCCCAGACCUCUUCCAUCAGACCUCCUCCAGCACCUGGUCUGUCGGGCCCUCCUGUAGGCCCACCCAUAUCCAACUUCUCUUUGAGUGCUGGAUAUGACAUAACACGGGGUCACGCUGGUCGGACACCUCAGACGCCACUGAUGCCCACGUUCUCCAGUCCUUCUGUGACUCCAGGUGUGGUGACUAACACCAUGGUUCAGCAGCCCGUCAUGGCAGGACGGUUAGACGCUGGAUCUCCAAUCACUUUCCCAGAGGAGCAGGAGGAUCCUCACGUGUCUGGAGAUGUCAACACUGGGGGGAGCUUGUGGGGCUUCUUUAAGGGAGUAGCAGGCAACCCUGUUGUUAAGUCGGUCCUUGAUAAAACCAAACACUCUGUGGAGUCCAUGAUCACUACUCUGGACCCUGGCAUGGCUCCGUACAUCAAGUCUGGAGGGGACAUUGAUAUUGUGGUGACUUCAGACAAGGAUGUAAACGUGGAAGCAGUCAGAGACGCCUUCCAGGAAGUGUUUGGGAUGGCUAUGGUCACUGGAGAGACGGCUCAGUCCAGCAUCGCUCCACAGCCUGUGGGCUACGCAGCCGGUGUCAAGGGAGCUCAGGAGCGGAUCGACAGCCUGCGUCGAGCUGCAGUGAUCCAUGAGAAGCAGCCCGUCGUCUCUUUGGAAUAUUUCAUCGCUGAGCUUUUUCCUGACAAAUGGUUUGACCUCGGCUGUUUAAUCUUGGAGGACCCUUGUCACAACAUUCACAUUGAGGUCUUCACUCAGGCUACACCUGUCGCCCUAGAAUACAUCCAGCAGGCGCAGUCCCUGACUCCUCCUGACUACAGCCUGCGCUGGUCCGGUCUGGUCGUCACCGUGGGCGAGGUGCUGGAGCGCUGUCUGCCCAACAUCAACAGGUCAGACUGGCACCAGUCCGUGACGGGAACGAGCCAGCGCCAGAUGAUCCAGAGCGCCGCCAAGGUUCUAGCUGGAAUCUACAAACGGCAGCUGCCCCCCAGGACUCUGUGAGACUGUUUCCACUUCCUGUCACACGCUGGGAGAAAGUGGAGGCACUUUAGAAGAUGAAUGACACCGCGGGAGAGCUACGAUCUGCAUCGCUCCAUUCAGGACGCAAAUAAAAGCAGCUGUUUUUAAAGAUCUUUUUGUUGGUGCCCAUAAACGUUUACUGAUGUUCCAGUGAGUUUUACUGAAUGUUGUCAUAUCAACCAAUCUUCUGUCCUACUCAUGAAGUGACCAUGUGAUCUCCCAUCAUGUCUAUUGAUGAGUUUUUAUGUUUCUGACUUCUUGUAAUAGUAAAGUGUACUGCAGCUGUAUUAAUUAUUUAGUGAGGUGUGUAGAAGGAAAACGUGAUUCUGGUGUAAUUGGACUGAAUGUAGCGUGGAUCUUGUUGGGUUUGUGCCGUCUGAGCACCCGUGUCUUCUGGAACACAGAACUUUAGGUUCCACUUUGUACAAGUAUGCACAGUGUUGGCCGUUGUUAUAUAAACUCUGUGUACUGUUUAAUGAGAUACAUGUAUCCUCACAUCGCUGCCAGUUUCACAUUGAAAUACAACCCCCAAAUGUUAAUUUGACUAUUUUAGUUAAUCUGAUGUCCACUUUUCAUUUCUGGCUGUAAAAAUAUUUUAAUAUCCUUCUGUCAUCGGGUAAAUUUUCAGAAGAGUGAUAAUCUGAUGUUUUGUUUUUUUAAUGCUUUGCAACAUAUGAUUAAUGUUAUGCUAAAUAUUUGUAAUUAUGCGCUGAUUGAUCU